UGAGAAAGCUGCCAUCAGGUAUUCUGAUUGCAUAAAUCUACCUGUUAGUGUCUUAAUUGGAGCUACGCUAAUAUAAGCUAAUUGAGAAAGUGAUCCCUUCAUUUCCCCGAACUGAACAAUAUAUACAUUUUUUUAGUUAUAACCUCUGUCAGUACCUUUAACACUUACAUGUGAAAUUAUGAAUGUCCCUGUUGCAACGUUUUUAUUUUGAGUUUUGUCUUAAAUUCAUGCUAUUAUGUACUUUGGUUUAGCUAUUUUAAUAACGGUAGCAAAUUAAAUGCCAAUCACCAAUUUGACCAAUUACAAUAUCUUAAAAAGCAUGCCAGUUAUGCCAGUAAUAUGCUGCUUCUCUUUUUAUGGCUCCCUAUCUGGGCAGGUAUAUAUAAACAGCAAAACUGGAUUUAACUUGGUCUUCUGUAAACCACAUUAUUUUCAGGUGGUAAAUUAUUGGGGAGAUAAGGAGUUCAUUUUUUUAAAUUCAGAACUAAUUUUUAUGUUUUGAUCAAAUCAUGUUUUUUUAAGGACUGAAACUUACUUGAUUUUACUUAAGUAGAUUUCUGUGGGACAAAGAAAAUAUUAAACAUUCUUUAGUGUUUUUCUUUCUAUAAACCACUUACAUUUAAAUACAAAUGCAUCGCAGUGGAAUUAAUUGGACUAUGCAGUUCGUGUGCUUAGCUUUAUGUUCUAGCAUCAGUUUCAUGAACAAUUUAUCAAAAAAAGAUGGUCUCUUCCUAUGCUAGUUGUUUAUUCCUCAUCUCCUUUUCUUUCUUAGAGGUGUCUAGUGAAUUGAAAUGGAAACUAAUUUGGGUUGGAUGAUAACUAAGUUUUUUUUCCCAGGUUAACUGUCCCAAAGAUCAGUUCUCUGAUUUGGCUCAUCCUGUGAUCGUGUGAACGCUUGUGCUGCUGGGGGAGCUGGGAUGAUGAGGCUGAAGGGACAUGAGUGCCUCCUGAGGCUGUAGUGUUGGCUUAGCAAACUGUGGCAUUGGUAGUUCUAUUAGUUCCAGUGAUCUGCAGUGUAUAAGUGUUGGGACACAGCACACGUAUAAGUAUGCAGUCUGUGAAUAUGCUUCUGAAAAACUUUGUCAGGUGUUCUGCCUUUCCCUUUGCUGUGCAACAUGGGAUGAAAAAGGAUUUGUUUGGACUCUGUAGAACUCUGAUUUUAUCACCUUGCUUGAAGGAGGGCUCUUCACACAAUCCGUCUGAAAAGCUAGAUUUGGAUGAGUGGAAGAAGGUAAUGAAGUCUGGGUUGCAAGAAGUCAGUGAGACAGUCUCUGAGCAUGAGGAGCUUUCUACUUUAGCUGCUGCACGUGAGACUGUGGAGAUGUGGAGACUGGCUGGCAGAUCAGUUCCUGAAAAUAUCAGUGAAGACCAGCUAAAAACUUUCAUAGAAUGUCCUUCCAAGUCAUCUAAAAAGAAGUAUUUAAAGUACUUGCAUCUAAAAGAACUUUACAAGAAAAAUGACAAAAGAAAGAUGGAUGAGAAGAGGGAAAGAAGGCUGGAAACCCAAGACAAAGCUUCAAAAACUGAUGAGAUCAAAAGGAAUUCAUUCACCUGUUUGUGGGCCAAUGCUAUAGAUAAAACACACAACUGGAGGGCCGCUCAGGCUAUGGUCUUUGGCCAACCUCUAGUAUUUGACAUGUCUUUUGAAAAUGAUAUGUCACCCAGAGAAGUAACAAAUACAGUUAGACAGAUAGUACUCAGUGAAGGUUGUAAUCGAAAAUCUGUGGAUCCAUUCCACAUUCACUUCUGUAACUUGAAAGAAAACAGCCAGUAUCAUAGGGAAUUUAUGAAGUAUUACAGAGAGGCAUGGGACAAAUUACUUAUCACUGUGACAGACCAGUGCUACACAAAUGUCUUUCCAAAGGACAAGAUUAUCUAUCUGACAGCUGAUUCUCCCAAAGUCAUGAAGACAUUCGAUCACGAUAAAAUCUAUAUCAUUGGGUCAAUGGUUGACAGAAGCAUAAAGACGGGAGUUUCUUUAGCACAAGCAAAACGAUUGGGGCUGGAAACUGCGUGCCUUCCAUUGGAGAAGUACUUGCUUUGGAACACAGGUGCCAAAAACCUCACGUUGGACCAAAUGAUGCGUAUUUUAUUAACGCUGAAAGAUACUGGAGACUGGAGGAAGGCUCUGGAAUUUGUUCCAAAAAGGAAAUAUUGUGGCUUUGUAGGCAGGUCUGUGCAUGAACUGAAGAAAAGCUUAAGUCUGAUGAACACACUUAAACAUGGAAAGAGACAGGAAGAAGUACGAAAACAAUUUGCAAAGAACUACUCUAAGAAGCUAACACAGAAGUAGGGUGAUUGGGAAGAGAAUGAAUUUUAGAGAUAAACUAUGCUCGUGAAUACUCGAGUUUCUCUAGACUUCUGGAGUUGUGUUCACCUGCUUUACUCUUUCAAAAAUGCUUUUGUUAGUCGAGUUUGAAAGGACUGCUGUCUAUUGUUAGGGAUUUUUUUUUAAAUGGCCUUAGUAUUUCAGCUGUCUGCUCUCAGAUUUAUUGAAACGAAGAAAAAAUGAGAUAAUCUGAUCUAAAAAUUGCACCAUUAAAAGAGUAUAAAUAUGUUCCAUUGAUUCAUGCUGGGACAAGAGUGAUUGUAACUGAACUGUAACAAAUCUAGCUUUUUUUUCGGGGAAUAUAUCUGUGCUUUGAGUUUGCAAACUGAGGCAAUCCCCAUUCUUAAUUCUAAAAGGUUAGCUAAAACCAAAUAGAAGACCUUUGCCUGUUAGUUCUUGAGUCUUCUUUUGGAAUGUAAAUGAACUGACUUUUGAUAUAUUGGCUAAAAACAAGUCCAUUAAACCUGCUAAAUAUGAGUUUAGGGAGGUGUGGGAGUUGUAUGGUUUAUUUCUGGGCAUUGUCCCAUCUGGCACAAAUCAAGUCCCUCGUCCUUAGGAAGGAGUGUUCCAACUUUUUCUAGACCUUGCCAAAAAAUCUUAUGUGCUGUCGUGAAAAACUUUUAUCCCUGAAUGCCUGUGGUUUUAGUUCCUUUAUAGUGUAGAUAAUCCAAAAUGCCUGAACUUUUGAGAUGUUAAACAGUGUUCUUAGUAAAUACUUACAGGAGCAGAAGAUCUCUUAGUAUUUCUUACAGUUGAAAAUUUAUUGAUCAGUCUCUUUGUAAAAGCCUCUGUGUAGACUAUACAGUUACAAAGGGCAUUUUCUUAUACAUGAUUCUUUCUGCUCUCAGUAGGGCUAGGAGACAAUUCCUUUCUCGCCUUGAGAGCAGUUUUCUCAGUGCCUUUAUGGGCAGUUGAGUCUUUUGAUUUAAUCUAGUUGAGUACCGUUCUGCUUCAGAUCGGUAUGUUCUCUUAACUGGGAAAGAAAUAGAGUGCUGAGCAAAAGCAUAGAACAUGUGUAGUGCCUUCUGCAUCUUUGAAGCAUCUAGAAUCUGUUCUCUGUGAUUGCUAGGCAGCCGGUACCAUUGUCUUGAAAUGUCAGAAAAACAGGAGCUGCAAUAAAAUUUAGAAGAGUGGACUCCAAAUAUACUGGCGGUUGAUGGUGAUCCAUUUUCCAUAGGCUAUCACAUCUCGUAUCCCAAGCACUUGAAAAGGUUAUAAAGACAAUAUUUGCACAACUUUAAUAUUAAAUUUACCUUCUGCGAAUCACUUGCUGUGACAUUUGACUAUGGAGAAUCCCUGAUUUGGAAUAAGGUUUACGUCAUGUGAGAUACAUGUUGCUGAGUAGUACUGAAAGCUUCAUUCUAGGGUCGUGUUUUGGAAGUUAUUUUAAGAUUUUUCGAUAUCUAGGAAACAUCUGUGAACCACUGUUAAACCAUUAGUUACAAUAACUAAGUCUGUAUCUGUAAAUAAACAGCUACAGAAGUUUAAUUUUAAGCAGCAACUUUUAUUUUUUCCUUAUACGAUGGGUAGACUAUAUGGUGCCACCCGUUAUUUUGUCAGAUAAACAGCAUCUCCUUAUACGUGAACUAGUUUUCAUUAAAGGAAUCCUUUAAUAAGUCA